AUGUCCUCGUCCGCCCCCAAAGUCCGCGAAUUCCUCGUCAUCCUGCCCGACAAGCCGGGCGUUAAAGAGAAGCGCCUCGAGGUUAGACCAACACAUUUCAAAAACAUGACUCCCCAUGUCGAGUCUGGCGAUUGGAAAAUGGGCGGCGCCCUCCUAAACGAGGUUCCGGCAGAUGACAACGCCGCCAACUUUGACUUCUUCGGGAGCACCGUCGUGUGCAAGGGGGAGAGCAAGGAGGCCGUCCUGGAGCAACUGAAGAAGGACGUCUACGCCACCUCUGGAGUGUGGGAUGUCGAAAAGAUCCAAAUCUACCCCUUCAUCUGCGCAUUCAGAAACCCAUAA